AUGAGCAUGGACACUUUACAAGCGGAAGUUGGCAAGGCAGUUCGAGAACUUCCAGGUCACCAGAAAACUCUUGUUGACACCCUUGAGCGUCAGCAGCAUGAGCUGAAUGAUUCACGAGCCCAAAGAGUGCCAAUCCCUCCAAGUGCUUCUCAGUCAGUGGCGGCUGCCAAUGAGGAUCGCUUCGGUGCCAUGGGAGAAGCCAGUCCUUUUACUUCUGGACAAGACCCGCCCAUCCAAUUGCUAGAUAUUGCUAGUGAAUGCUCAGCAAGGUGCAGGUGGACUUGCAUCGGCGAUGCCAAAUACUGCAGUGAAUCCGAGCUCAAGCACUGGACAUGGGGUAAAAAUUGUCUUACCCGAUGGUACGGAGAUCCCCUUGGGCGGACAGUCAAAUGCGCGGGUCCUAAAGUUCCUGGAUCCACACAGCUAGAUGCGCUGCAGAGAAGCGACAAGUGGCUGCCUAGCAUGCCCGUGGUCGAGUCGAAUCGGUGGAAAAGCCGAAUGGAGGAGAUUUUGGGCAUGGAACAGUGGCUCGAUUCAUUUUGCAAUUGGCUAUCUUUGAUUUCAGAGCCAUUUUGCACAGAAGUGAAGUUUUCUGCGACUUCUCCGCUGCCAAUUGACAAGAAAGAUUUGUCAACUGACCAGAUUUCCCGAAGCUCCAGGCUCAUGGCAAUGCUUCGCCAGACCUUCCAGAUGACUCCGCAAGCCAAAAUCAUUCUGCUUGCUUAUGUAGAAGGCCCUGGAGAUAAGAACGGGUAUGAGGCUUUGCGAAGGAUUGUCCAAGAAUACAUGAUCAAGACUCGUGCUGAGUUGAUGCAUUUCCGCACAUCUUUGCUUGGCCGAACUUUCAAAGCUCAAACAGUGACAAAGGCAAUCAAGCAACUUGAGUUCGAGGAGAGCAGGUACGACAAGCUUGCUCGGAUGUUGCCCUCGAAUGUACCAGCUUCCGAUUUGGCCCUGCUCCCUAGUGAUUUGGUGAUGGUCCUCAUCAAAUCCUUGCCUGUUGGUGUGAGGGAAUAUGUCGUCAUGCAUAGCCCAAGCCAUGACUAUGUGCAAAUGAAAAAUGCCGCUUUGUUGUACGAAGCCAACCAGAGAACUUGGACAGAGAUUGCAGGCAGCAGUUCUGCCACCUACAUGCAUGGAAUGUUUGACACGAAUGACAAGCCGAAAGGAAAGGGCAAAAGCAAAGAUGGUAAGAAAGGAAAGGGGAAAGCAAAAGAUUCAAAUAAAGGCGCAGCUAAGGGCAAUGGUGAAAAGUCAGAGAAGGAACAGAAUGCCACGUGUUUCCGAUGUGGUCGCACAGGCCAUUUCUCUUCAAAUUGUCAUGCCAAGAAAGACAAGGAUGGCAAGCCGCUUGAAGGGAAGCCCGCUCCAAAGAAAGAUGGAAAGGGAUCUGGUGAAGAAAAAGGUUCCAGCACAGGUCCUCAGAACAAAGGAAAAGGCGAAGGAUCCAAAGGUAAGAAAGUCAAUGAAAUGCUUGAGCAGCCUGAAGGCGAAUCGUGGCCUACCAAUGGUCCAGCUGAAAGUCAGGGUUCCAAUGGAGAUGGCAGCCGUGCGUCAGCUGCGAAGGAAGCAGCAGCCCCUUUGAAUCCCAUUCAGUCUUGGUUUGAAGACACGAUCGUGCAGUUUGAGCGAGAGCAGAUCACAGAAGAGCACAUUCGCCGCUUGACGUCCAGAGAAGAUCCUUCAGACACCAUGUUGAAAGAGUGCUUAGUUUCAGCUUUUGUAGCAGAUGUUCCCAAUAAUGUUUUGUCAGUGGGCAGCUUGCUGCGAAAGGGUUGGUCAUUAAGCAGUUCCGGAAGUGAAUUGGAAGUGUGCUUUGGAGGAUACAAUUUGGACUUGGUGACAUGGCAGAAUGUGCCAUGGAUUUUUCACGAAGUUGAGACGGUCAUGGACUUUUCCGAUGAUCGCGAUGUGCAGAAGACAUUUUGGAGCCGUCGGAAAAUCCAUGAUGGUCCGGUGAACACGGUUGAGCAUUUGAGCGAAACUGACAAAUCCAUGGUGAUGACAACCAAGAGACAGCCAGAUGUUUCAUUGGAAGAACUUGACCCCGCUGCUGCAUCCUCUUCUAGCCCAGCAUAUGUUAGUAGUAGGCCUGUUUCCGAUAGUGAAUCUCCAUACCGUGAAAGCCUCAGUGUGGAGCCUAACUCUGUUCCGGAUUCGAGCGAGCCUUUUGAUUAUAAGCCCAAUAUGAUUGUAGACACAAACACAGGAUAUGCAUCCAUUCCUUCAGAAGAGUCUUCAGAGCAUCCAGCUGUAUUGCGAAAACGAGACUUGAAUAAAUCCAAGCUUGAACAACACCGCCGUCAAGGCCAUUUUCCAUUCCAUGCAGAUUGCCUUUCUUGCCAAGCAGCCAAGUCCACGACUCACCACAGAAGAAAGAAGAAGUUGGUGUUGAGCAGUGAGAUGGCAUGUGAUUUUUUCUUCUUGAACUUGGAUAAAGCAAACAAAGAGUCUUUCAAGUAUCUAAUCAUGGUAGAUUUGACCACUGGAAUGAAAGGCGUGGCCCCUGUCCAGUCGGACAUUCGUUUGUCGCACCGAUGGAUGCAGGCCUGGCUUGGCGAAUUCAAUAUGUCCACAGAAUGCUCCGAGCCAAUUGAAAUUAUCACGGACGCAGAAGAAGCUGUUUCAAGUUUCAUGAGAGGUGCCAUCAACCACAGGCCAGCUUCAUUUGUCAAAGCGCCGCCGCAAGGUCACCAGACCAUUGGUGGAGCAGAGGCUGGAGUCCGAGCCAUUAAAGAUGCGUUCAACACUCUUCGGCAAGACUUGCGUGAGAAUGGCUGUGAUGUUUGCGUCAGGAAUCAGACAGCUGUGAAUGUGCCAGCUAGCUUGAAGAAAGAUUGCAUUUCCCGAUUUGAGAAGGCAAUGUAUUUGCGACCUGAGUUCAACUCAUUGGGAGAUGUCGUUUGUACUGUCAUUGGAGGGCAAGAACGUUUCUUUGUUUGCAAGAGCUUUAAGAUUGUUUCCCCAUUGGAGUGGGACGUCUCCUUGUCUCCAUCUGUUUUGCAUUUUUUCGACCGGAUGCAGCUUGAUGUUUCCAUUGAAGAUCUCUCCGCAAAGAUGUCUGUGCGACGUUUGAGUGGCAAGCAGAAGCCACCGCCAGGCCUGGGUGAAGCUGAUGAACCCAUCCAGCAGAGGUUUCCAGACUUUCCAGCAAACAGAGAGAAACGAGUUUCGUUUGAUCUUCCAAAGAAUCAACCCAUACCAGAAAGUCUCCCAGUUGAAGGGGGUCAACAUCUCGAUGAGAAUCCACAUGAUGUUCCAUAUUCGCCCAGCCUUGCGCCCAGUUCUCCAAAGGCGUUGGACGAGCCAGAAGUCAUCCAUGACAUGGAAGUAGACGACUCUGCUGACGGAAUGGUAGAUCUAAGUGAAUUUGCAGCUGCUGGAGGCGAACCUACAGCCACGGAAGCUAUGGAGUUAGAUUUGGUAACAGCCUUGGAUAACUUUGAGCUUUCGUAUUUAGAAGAGCGUCACAUUGGCAUGUUGCAAUCGGUUUAUCAGAUCCGUGGAGUGAAACCCAAGAGCAGCAAGGCAAACCUUUGUGGGGAAGAAAUUCUUACUUUUGUUUCCUGGAUAUGUCAUCAGUGA